CUCUCACUGAGGGAAAGAUCUGUCCCAGUCGGGACCUCCACGCCGCGGGGGGAAAAUGGGCAACAUGGCAACAGAGAUCGUUGCCUUUGUCCUGACCAUCUCGGGGUGGAUCCUGGUGUCGUCCACCCUGCCGACGGACUACUGGAAGGUGUCCUCCGUGGACGGGACGGUCAUCACCACAGCUACCUUCUGGUCUAACCUUUGGAAAACGUGUGUGACCGACUCCACCGGCGUGUCCAACUGCAAGGACUUCCCUUCGAUGCUGGCUCUAGAUGGCUAUAUCCAGGUGUGUCGGGGUCUGAUGAUCGCCGCCGUAUGUCUGGGUUUCUUCGGGGCCAUCUUCGCCUUGAUAGGAAUGAAGUGCACGAAAAUAGGAGGCUCGGAGACCACCAAGGCCCGUCUGACUGUCAUCUCGGGCUUCAUCUUCAUUCUCAGCGGCCUCUGCUGCAUGACUGCAUGCUCCAUAUACGCUCACAGGAUCACAACUGACUUCUUUGACCCCCUCUUUGUUGCCCAGAAGUUUGAGCUGGGAGCCGCUCUCUUCAUCGGCUGGGCUGGAUCCGUGCUGUGUAUCCUGGGAGGACUCGUCUUCUGCCUCUCCCUGUCUGAAGGCUCCAGUAUCAGAGCUGAAUACACCUACAGUGGAGCUACAUCAUUUGCAGCAGCACGCAACAAGCACAGCAAGACAGUCAACAGCCUCCGCAAGGAACCAGGAGAGCCGUCGAGGCAGUUUGGAAGAAAUGCCUAUGUGUGACAUUGGACUUGUUGUUACAUGAUUGUGGAAUUUAUCACAUUAGUUUGUGGUCACCAGAAACUAUUUUACCAGUAAAAGCAAAGGACACAAUUCACUUUUAAGAACUUCUGUGCCUCAACUCCAUGAAAAUAAAGGCUGGAAAGUGUAAUGCUAUGGAGGACAGAAAAUAAACGAAUAAAUAAAUGACUCGAUAAAUAAAUAAAUAUAUCAUUAAAUGCAGUAAAAAGGAUUUUGAAAAUAAAUGUAGCCAUUAAUGAAUUGAUAAAAUGUG